UUGCAAAACUCUGUCUAACCCCUACUAGGUUUAAGGUCUCUGUCGACAUCAUUCAAGUUCAUUCAUUCAUGUUUUAAAAAGGCGACAAUUUCCAUCAUGACGGACGUCGUGAUCGGACGAUGAAGGGGAGGGGGAAUGAGUUAGUGGUGAGUGUGGUCUGGUCUGCUGCACCCUUCAAAACCUCUUUUAAUGAGAUAUCUUUUCAUCAGUUGGGUAAUCCCAUUCGCAAAGUAGGCAUUUUUAUUCUCACAUCCAUGUGGCUCAGUGGUGGUCUAUAUAACCCCUGUAAGUUUCAUUCUGACAAAGAGGACCAGAAAAAGGACUGUCUGUUUCUGGUUUAAUAGGAACAUAUUGACAUCAGCCGUCAUUAUGGAUCGCCGGUCAAAGGCUGCCGCCUCGGAUGAGAACACUGCUCUGCUGGGCGGAGAACCGGGGACAGCUUCCCUGGUCAACAAUUCCCGACUGUUCCUGGCCGUCUUCUCCGUGGUCCUGGGCAACUUCAGCUUCGGCUACUCCCUGGUGUACGCCUCGCCGGUGCAGACCGCUCUCCAGGGGUCUGAGGACCCGCGGCUCCAGAUGGACUCCACGCAGUACGCCUGGUUCGGCUCCAUCUACUCCCUGGGCGCCGCCGCCGGCGGGCUGGGCACCAUGAUGCUCAACGACAUGAUCGGCCGCAAGAUGAGCAUCAUGACGUCGGCGCUGCCCUCCGCGGUCGGGUACAUGCUGAUGGGCGGAGCCUCAGACAGGUGGAUGCUCCUUUUAGGGCGUUUCCUGACGGGCGUCGCCGGGGGGAUGACUUCUGCCUCCAUACCAGUCUAUAUCUCAGAGAUCUCCCUCCCAGCGAUCAGAGGGGCCAUGGGUUCCUGCCCACAGAUCACUGCAGUGUGUGGGGCCUUGGUUCUCUACGCUCUGGGCACCAUUCUGCCCUGGCGCUGGCUGGCGGUGGCGGGAGGGGUCCCGGCGGUGGCCCUGGUGGUCCUGGUGGCCCUGAUGCCCUCCUCCCCCAGGAGGCUGCUCUCGCUGGGCCGGGAGGGGGAGGCGGAGGAGGCCCUGCGAUGGCUGAGGGGGCGGGACUACGACGUGCAGACGGAGCUCCGCGCUGUGCAGAACAGCAUCAGAUCCCAAAGGGGCGUCACCCUGAGGGAGUUGGCCACGCCCACGUACUACCGGCCCCUCCUCAUCUCCGUUGGGAUGCGAUUCCUGCAGCAGCUGUCGGGCAUCACUCCCACUCUGGUCUACAUGCAGUAUAUCUUAUCCACGAGCAAAGUAGCUCUGGAUCCCGGGAUCGCCACGGUCAUCGUCGGAGUCGUCCGCCUGUUCUCGGUCGCCAUAGCAGCCAGUUUGAUGGACAGGGCCGGACGUAAGGCCCUGCUGUACACCUCCAGCAUGCUGAUGAUCCUGUCCAGCCUGAGUCUCACCAUGUACUCCCACGCCAACGGGUGCACCCCCCCGCCGACCCCACCCAACGUCACCCACCUCCCCCAGCCCGGGUUCGACUCCCUCGGGGUCGCGCCCGCAGGCCUCAGCCUGGUGCCGCUCUUCCUCGUCAUCAUCUUCAUCUUCGGCUACGCCAUGGGCUGGGGACCAAUCACGUGGCUCCUGAUGGCGGAGGUGCUGCCCCUGGUGGCCCGGGGCGUGGCCUCGGGGCUGUGCGUGGCGGUCAGCUGGCUGACGGCCUUCGCAGUGACGCACCUCUUCAUGUCCCAGGCCGACAGGUACGGCCUGUACGUGCCGUACCUGUGCUUCACCGUGGUGUGUGUGUUCUGCCUGCUCUUCACGGCCGUGCGCGUCCCCGAGACGCGGGGGCGCACGCUGGAGGAGAUUGAGAACUUUUUCAGAACCGGACGCACUUUCACUAUCAGCAACUAGAGGUCCAGGGUUGGGUUCAUGAGACCUGUGAGCGUGAAUGAACAAUCACGUGCACACGCACACACGGAGGUCAAUGAUUGGUUGAGAUCGGGGCUUGGAAGUGUUUGAAAUGUAUGUUGUAUCUUACCCCAACUUGUAACUUACCUACUAACAGUCAAGUUGCAGGUGUUAUUUCCUGAAUCUUCUGGAAUUCUUAUCCUCAACGAAAAAGUGUCAGAAACCUGGCUAUAAAAGAUAUGUUCACCUGUUCUCCACUGUGCCUUUGACUUGAAACAGUUCUCUGUUAAAUAAUAUAAACAAAAAAUGAUCGUGGUCUGUACUACUUCCAAAAGUUAUUUUGCGAUGAUCAUGGUGUGCAGUACUUCAAUGAGUAGUGUUUGUGCUAUGAGGAUCAGAGGGAGCUGUGUUUAUAGUCUACACUUGAGUCUUCUCAAUACAACAAUAUCCAGAGCUCAGAGGAAGCUGUCGCAACAAACUCCACCUUGUCAUUACUAGGCAACAACAACUACUGAAAUUAGGGAACCUGCUUUUAACACAAAGUUUAAAGUUUAAAGGAAACGCCUUAAUGAGGGACAAACUGUAGUAAUGAUGACUCAACUGAAGGGUGUAAACGCAGGGAGUUUUAAUGUCUAAAGGCUGCUGAAAGUGCAUCGGCUGAGAACUUGUUUAGCAGACCUAGGCCUGCUGGCUUUAAGGGCGUAUGGGCGUAGCUUCAGAACAUUUAGAAGAAUGGGUUGCCUGACGAUCAAGGGGAACCUUUUGGAUGGGAGUCUGAAUCUACAGUCAGACUACUGGAAUCAAAGGCUGAGGGACUGUCUGACGGAUGACGGAGGGGGCCGGUGUGAGGCAGCCGCACCCGGCCCGGGUCAGGGUGGAGGCAGCACGUCUGGUGUCCGUCGAAGGAUCCGUGUGCACAGGUUAAACCAGCCAUCAACGCACACACUCAGAGAGAGAUCCCCUGCACAGCCACGUGGAGCACCAGCACCAAGUCUUUAUCUACAGUCUUCUAACAAUAAACUGGCUUUCAACAUCCCCGCCUGAGGCCUUUGUCUGAUGGAGCCCAACAAAAGCCCCCUAGGUGGCGUGUUGUAGCCCGUAGGUGGCGUGUUGUAGCCCGUAGGUGGCGUGUUGUAGCCCCUAGGUGGCGUGUUGUAGCCCUAGGUGGCGUGUUGUAGCCCCACGGUGGCGUGUUGUAGCCCCUAGGUGGCGUGUUGUAGCCCGUAGGUGGCGUGUUGUAGCCCCUAGGUGGCGUGUUGUAGCCCCACGGUGGCGUGUUGUAGCCCCACGGUGGCGUGUUGUAGCCCCACGGUGGCGUGUUGUAGCCCCUAGGUGGCGUGUUGUAGCCCCUGGGUGGCGUGUUGUAGCCCCUGGGUGGCGUGUUGUAGCCCCUGGGUGGCGUGUUGUAGCCCCACGGUGGCGUGUUGUAGCCCCUAGGUGGCGUGUUGUAGCCCCUGGGUGGCGUGUUGUAGCCCCUGGGUGGCGUGUUGUAGCCCCUGGGUGGCGUGUUGUAGCCCCUAGGUGGCGUGUUGUAGCCCCACGGUGGCGUGUUGUAGCCCCUAGGUGGCGUGUUGUAGCCCCUAGGUGGCGUGUUGUAGCCCCACGGUGGCGUGUUGUAGCCCCACGGUGGCGUGUUGUAGCCCCACGGUGGCGUGUUGUAGCCCCACGGUGGCGUGUUGUAGCCCCACGGUGGCGUGUUGUAGCCCCACGGUGGCGUGUAGCACUAGCCUUGCUAUUUACAGAAACCAAGAUCUCCCUGGAAGUUUUCAGACUUUCUUUACCAACUAAUUUGACGUACGUUCAUAUCGUACUGGACACAGCAACAAUAGUAACCUAUCUUUACCUGCACAUCACAUCAUCAAUUGAAUAUGUCUUGUAGAGUCCAUGCAUUAUGGGAUGUCUUACCUCCCCCAUUAAAAUCCAUAUAAUCCCACUAACUCUUUAAAAAGCAGCUUAAAAAAUAUCUUAUCUUUUCAUGAAUCAUUUAAUCACUUCCUGUCUUCGCCCUUGCCCCACAUCUUUUUUCUAUCCACCGCAUGUAUUUAUUACAUCUUUUCCAUUGAACUUUGCUUAAGUUUAUUUGUUUCUUAUAAAUCAGAUUUGAUUGUGAUUAUUGAAAAGGCUGGAACUCUUGUUCAAGCCUAUUGGGCUUCGUUCCCUCCAUGCACCAUAGAUGUUAAUGUGUGCUAAAUAAAUAAACUAAACUAAACUAAACUUGCUACAAACGUAUAACUUAAUGGCACUAAUUCUCCAUUCAAUAAAUGACAAACAUAUUUUGUGUCUGUGUCGCUCAAUCAUCUAUUCCUUCAUGGGAAUGCUUUUCUGACAUAUUGCCUCCCCUAGAUUCCAGGCCAAGUAUUUGUGAAGGAAGUUUACAACCUUCCAGUUAAAUGUCUACACAUUAACAGUUAAAGAACUACACAUUAGCACAUUAAGAGGUAAAGACGUGCACAUUGUCUACAAAACACAUUAACAGUAAAGAUUUACGUGUCUUACACAUCAACAGUAAAAUAGUCCAGUUGGAGAAGUCCUAUUACUCCAAUGACAUCACUUGAAUUCCCUAAGCUAGCCAUUAAAGAAACUCCAGUGAUACUCAUUGUCUGAAAACUAGUAAGAGGAAAAAUAUAUAUGCAGCAUAUUGUAUCACUUGUAUACACACAAACACAUACACACACGU